GGGGACAGAGUGAGUGGGGGAAAAAAAAAGGGGUGUGUGUUUUUGAAGAUGAGAUUUUGUGACAUUUCUCUUUUCUGCUUCUUGUUUUUUUUUUUAAUUGUUACCAGGGUGGCGGCUUUUGAUCUUCUCUUUCUGGGUGUUCUUUUAAUUUUCUAUGAUGAUGGAUGGCCAUGGUAAUGUCGCCUUUUUUAUAAUUUUGCUUCUGAUGUUGUAUUUUUCUUUUUUUUUACACUUUUUUUUCUUGUUCUCUUAUAAAAUUUCUUGUAAUAGACGCAGGACGAUGGAUGGUUGGAUGGAAGGUACGGGAUGGAAUGGGAUGAUGGAUUUCUUGAUUGACUGAAUGGAUGGAUAUACAAGCUGUAUAAAAUACCUAAUCUGACACAAACAGAAAAGAGAAUAACUACAUUUUUUUUUCUGUAAUAAAGAAUGGAAGGGAGGGGGUGAAUGGAAAGGUAGAGAAGGGAAGAGGUUUGGGGGAUUUUGAAAAUGAAUAAAACGUGUUGGGUUUUUUUAUGGGGAGUCUUGGGGAGGUGAUUUCUUGAUAUUCUUCUGUUGUUAUUAACCCUAUGAAAGGGAUUAUAGAAUGGGAUAGCUUCUUCUGCUUGUGGUUUUUGAGUGUGGAUAGGUAGAUGGUAUGGAACAAGUUUGAAUGAAAGAUGUUGUGGAGUAUAAUCAUUAAUUUCUUCCGAGUAUAAUCAUUAAUCGUUUUUGCUCUAUUCCAUCCUUUUCCCUUGGUAUCAUUUUUCAUUGCCCUCUCUAUCCAUUAUUCAUUAUCCAUUACCUUUAUGACUAUCAUCAAGGGAUGCUCCCAGAUGAGGUGCCCGUUACAAUCCCGCCACUACUAAUAUUAGAAUUAUGCACAACUUCCGGCUCCGGCGAGCCCUGUUCGAGCCAGCACUCGAAAAACAGCGGAUCUACCCUCACGGAGCGGACGGGCUUUGUGGCGAUGCCCUUGAGAGAUUCGCCUUGGUGGGGUUUCUGCUUGGUAGGGGGUUGGAGAUUGGGCUCUGAUGGGAUCCAUGGCUGGGGAUGCUAGAGAUGAUUUAUUUGUUAGUUGGGGGAGCCUUUUUUGCUACGGUUUGCCAGGACGAGCAUUGCUGCGUCUUCCUGGUUUUACUUGUACAUGCUUACAC